AUGGCGAAACCCGACAAGUCCAACGCUGCGACAGCGAAUGCGACGGAAGAACACCACCACCAUGGACGUCGUGAGAGCGUCGCGAGCACGAGGAGGGGCAGGUGGGAGCGGUUGUGGCCCGUCAUUGCGUGUGGAGCGGGCCUGUUUAGUGAUGGGUAUUUGAACAGUAUCAUCGGCCCCGUCAACACCAUGCUCAAGCGCAUCUACCCAGACGCAUACGCCAAUUCGGACGCACAGGCCAAUGUCUCGAGUAUCACGUUCGCGGGCACCGUGCUGGGUAUGCUCGUCUUUGGGUAUACGAGUGAUCAUUUUUCGAGGAAGUGGAGUUUGUUCAUCUCAACGCUCGUCAUCAUCCUCUUCGCUAUCCUCGGCACUGGGUCCUAUGGCACCAGUCCCUCGGGCCUGAUCACGGCGCUGGUCGUCUAUCGCUUCUUCCUAGGAAUCGGCAUCGGCGGAGAAUACCCCGCCGGCUCCGUCGGCUGCGCCGAAAGCACCGGCGAGCUCAAAGAAGGCACGCGCAACAAAUGGUUCAUCCUCUUCACCAACGUGCAAAUCGACCUAGCCUUCCUCAUCGCCGCCAUCGUCGCCACCAUCGUCAUCGUCAUCACGGGCGAGGACCACCUGCGCGUCGCCUGGCGCGUCUGCCUGGGCAUCGGCGUCCUCCCGCCCCUCUCCCUCCUCUACCUGCGCCUCAAGCUCUCCGAGCCCGAGGCCUUCCGCCGCGAAUCCAUGGCCCACACCCGCACUCCCUGGCUCCUCGUCCUCCGCUACUACUGGUUCCGCCUCACCAUCGUGUCCGCCAUCUGGUUCAUCUACGACUUCUCCGCCUACAGCUUCGGCAUCUACGCCACCGACAUCCUGGCCAACCUCCUCGGCGACGACGCGCCCCUGUGGAAGUCGUUCGCCUGGAACAUCCUGCUCAAUUUCUUCUACAUGCCGGGCUGUCUGGCGGGUGCCUUCGUGGCGGACCUGCCGUCCAUGGGGCCCAAGAAGACGCUGUGCAUCGGCGUCGUGGCGCAGGGCGUCAUCGGGUUCCUCAUGGCGGGCGUGUAUCCGUGGCUGAGCCGCAAGGAGAAUGUAGCGGGUUUCGUCGUCGUGUACGGCGUGUUUCUGGCGCUGGGCGAGUUCGGGCCCGGCGAUAAUAUCGGCUUGGUCGCGAGUAAGACGUGUGCGACGGGUAUCAGGUAUGAUUAUCUGCUUGAACGCGUGCUGGGCGGUGACGGGCUAACGAAACACAAUUGCAGAGGCCAGUACUACGGCAUCGCCGCCGCGGUAGGCAAAAUCGGCGCCUUCGCCGGUUCCUACGCCCUCGACGCCAUCCAGACGCAAGCGGGCGACGACAAGAUCGCGGCCGGGCGCAAUCCCUUCUUUGUCGCUAGCGCGCUGGCGUUCCUGGCAGGUGGACUGGUCCUGCUGCUGCCGUAUAUCGGGCAGGAUACGAUUGACAAGGAGGACAUUGAGUUUCGGGCGUAUUUGGAGAGGAAUGGGUAUGAUACGGCGAAGUUGGGGUUGGAUGCGGAUGGGAGUGGGAGUGAUGGGGGGGUUGUGUUGCAGGAGGAGGAGAAGGCGAGGGAGAAGGUUUAG